AUCAUUUUAUUUUAAAUUGUAAAUGGGAACCCGUAAUAAAAAUUUAUCUCUGUUACUUUGUAUAAUUUUUUUAUUUACUCGGAGAAAGUGAUGGAGAAUUUCUUGAAAAUGGAGGGGGUGGGGGGUCUUGAAGAAGAUGAGGAAGAGGGUGGAGAACCAAGAAAAGGGAUUAAAAUCGUACACGGGUGAAUGGUUGUUGGCGGCGGAGGAAGAGGAGGAGGCGGUGGCGGUGGCGGUUUGUCUCAGCUCUGCAGUGUGCGGCAGCGAUCGCAGUACCGCCAGGACUCAGCAGAAGCUUCAUUUACUCGGGGACCGGGAGAUCACUUCAAAAUUUGAACAAAUUCCAGUGUAUCGGUAGCCGUUAGGGCGUUGAAUACUCGUCGGGACUCGGACCAGGUCGAGCGAUGGAUCCGCAAGCUGCGAUGUUCAGUUACGGUGGAGCGAUAGGAUCCUGCCAUGGCGUUAGCAAUGCGCGGUUCGAUACGGCGGAGAUCUGGCCGUUUCCUAUCAGUUCUGGUUUAACGAUGUCGUAUUCCUUGGGGCCGCCGGCCGAUGAUAUGAAUGCUGUGAGUAUGAGUGACGCCAUGGUUCUGGAUAGGAGAGUGAUUCCGGGUUGCGGCAGAGCUUGGAAGCUAAAGGAGGGAGAUGAAUGUGCUAUGCGUGGAGCCUCAACCAGCGGCAAUAGCAUGAGUGAAACCGAAAGUAAAAGGUUAAAGACCAGUGGGCAGGACAAUAAACCGGAUUCUGAAACAGGCGUGGAGGGAAAUUCUAGAAAGCAAGAAGAACAAGCUGCAAAGACAGUUGAACCACACAAAGAUUACAUUCAUGUCAGAGCUAGGAGAGGCCAAGCAACCGAUAGUCACAGCUUAGCAGAAAGAGCUAGGAGAGAGAAAAUCAGUGAGAGGAUGAAAAUUCUCCAGGAUUUAGUCCCAGGUUGCAACAAGGUUAUUGGCAAAGCAUUAGUGCUUGAUGAGAUAAUUAACUAUAUCCAAUCAUUACAAAACCAAGUUGAGUUUCUAUCAAUGAAGCUCGAAACACUUAAUUCAACAAUGACGUCUACAGUCGAGGGGUUAUUAUCCAAAGAUUUUCCCCAUCAAGCCAUUGAUACAACAACUGCUUUGGCAUUUGGGUUGCAAUCUAAAAGGGAAUAUCCAAAUGGCACAUCACCUACUGGGCUACAUUUCCAGAUUGGAGGAGGUGGAUUUCAAAGAACUCCCUAAAUCAUUCUCUGGUGUGUAGCAUUUUGAAAUGUUUUUUUAAUUCAUAAAUUGAACUUGUGUUUUUACGUUGUAACAAUCGGUUUUUACUGCUACAAAAGAUAUACACGGAUACAUGACUACGAGUAAAUUUGAUGUCAUUUUUAUUCGACUUUUUGUUCAUUUUUGUUGAUACAUGUACACUAGCGGUUCUAGUUCUUAAGUGG